AUGGCGUCAAUAGAGAAUGUUCCGGAGAAGAAGGUCAAGUUGGAACCCCAGGUGAAAUCGGUGGACAUGAGUGAGGACAUGCAACAAGAAGCCAUCGAAGUUGCGCAAGAAGCAAUGGAGAAAUUCAGUGUUGAAAAGGAUAUUGCACAGCACAUCAAGAGAGAAUUCGAUUCAAAGAAAGGAGCGACAUGGCAUUGCAUCGUGGGAAGAAACUUUGGUAGCUUCGUGACACAUGAGACUAAGCACUUCAUCUACUUCUACCUGGGCCACGUUGCCAUUUUACUCUUCAAAACCCAAUGA